CUCCUUUGGCUCGACCCAACAAUAAUGGUGACACCAAUCGCCCUUUAAGAUUUGGUAAUUGCGAACAUACUAGUCCUGUUGAUCAGCGUUUCCAAGAGGAACUAUCGAAACUGCGGAGAUAUCAUCUGGAAGCCAAGUACCGCACCGAUAUCGCCAACAAGAUGCGGGGGUUUGGCAAGGAAAUCGUCUAUGACCUUCGGAGCCAUUGGCGAUGAUACGUGGGUAGGUGAUUAUGCUAGAGGAGAGGCACAAGAUUGUACAUAUAAAUACGACAUCCUCUCUACGGGAUAUGAGCUUACCUUUUGUUACCUGCUUAAAAUUCUGCCCUUAAAUCCCAUCUUCAACGUCGGGUUCCCUGCGAGCACUUUAUGCCAGAUACUGACUCGUCACUCUCCAGUGUACUUACCAAUUUUCAGUCAGCAACAACAAGGAAACAGACAGACAAUAUGGGCAAAACCGAGAUCCGAAACGUCUGCAAAGUCGACUUUGACAAGCCCGCCUCCGAACAGCCUCAACUUCAUAACAGAUGGCAUCCAGAUAUCCCGUUCGCCGGCUUCAUCAAGGACGGCGAAACCGUGAAGAUCGAGUGCGUCGACUGGACAGGCGGACAAAUCGGCAACAAUGAUUCGGCAGACGACAUGAAGAACGUCGAUCUGACCAAGAUCCACUACUUGUCUGGCCCCUUUGAGGUUGAGGGCGCCCAGCCGGGCGACUUGUUACUGGUAGAGAUCAUGGAUGUGCAGCCGUUCCAGGACCGGCCAUGGGGCUUUACGGGUAUCUUUGAUAAGGCGAAUGGGGGCGGCUUCCUAGACGAAAUCUACCCCUCAGCGGCCAAGGCCAUCUGGGACUUUGAGGGCAUCUACGCCACCUCGCGCCACAUCCCCGGCGUCAAGUUCGCCGGCUUGAUCCACCCGGGCAUCAUCGGUUGCGCUCCCUCGGCCGAGGUGUUGGCCACGUGGAACAAGCGUGAGGGCGAGCUGGUGGCUGCCAACAAGCUCGCCGAUCGCGACGUGGCUCAUCUGCCGCAGCCCAUCAACACGCACGCCGGCGCGGCCAGCAAGGAAAUUGCUGAAAAAGUGGCCAAGGAGGGUGCAAGAACGGUCCCCGGAAGGCCGGAGCAUGGAGGAAACUGCGACAUCAAGAACUUGAGCAGGGGAUCCAAGGUGUACCUCCCCGUCCAUGUGCCCGGGGCCAAGUUCAGUGUGGGUGAUUUGCACUUCUCGCAGGGUGAUGGCGAGAUUUCGUUCUGUGGCGCUAUUGAGAUGGCCGGCGUGAUCACCAUCAACUUCAAGGUGAUCAAGAACGGGGUGGAGGGUAUGGGGCUCAAGAGCCCCAUUUACAUCCCGGGUCCGGUCGAGCCUAGCUUUGGACCAGGCAGGUAUAUCUACUUUGAGGGGUUCUCGGUUGAUGAGCAUGGGAAGCAGCAUUACAUGGACGUAACAGUCGCCUACCGCCAGACCGUCCUGCGCUGCAUCGAGUACCUCCGCCGCUUUGGCUACUCCGACUACCAGAUCUACCUGCUGCUCUCGUGCGCGCCCAUCCAGGGCCACGUGGCCGGCAUCGUGGAUGUGCCCAAUGCCUGCACAACGCUCGGCCUGCCAAUGGAUAUCUUUGACUUUGACAUCUCCCCCGCCGCGGCGCUCAAGGCCGGAGAGACCAAGAGAGAUCUCGGUACAUGUGCGUUCGAGACGGGCGUUACUGAGGGGAAGGUCACAAACGGAGGAAAGAACAGUCAAAUUAGCUUUGGUGGUGGGUUGACUUAUAAGGAGUAGAAAGGAGGAGGUAGGGGUGGUGCGAGAGAGAAGUUUUGGCUGUAGGAUAGGUAAGCAUAGCUAGGUAGUUGAUGAAAAUGAGUGGGUGAAUUUGAGUUGGAGCGCAUUUUCCGAACGACUGUUUUCAUG